UCAGAGGCGGGGCCCAGACUCGAGGCCGCCCACCCCAACGGCUCUGGGCUCAGGUCCCCAGCGGGCGCGCGGUCACAGGACUGAGCAGUGUUUCCAGGCACGGGGCCUGCCCCGCCCAAGGAGCUCUGCUGGUCUCUCCGGAGCCAUGAAGCUGAACGAGCGGAGCGUGGCCCACUACGCCCUGAGCGGCUCCCCAGCAGACCAGAAGGGCUUCCUGCGCACUUGGCGGGGCCCUGGGACGUCAUCCACCAGCGGCACUGGACGGAGGUGCUGGUUUGUCCUCAAAGGCAACCUGCUGUUCUCCUUCGAGAGUCCAGAGGGCCGGGCCCCGCUCAGCCUGGUGGUCCUGGAGGGCUGCACGGUGGAGCUGGCUGAAGCGCCUGUGCCCGAGGAGUUUGCCUUUGCUAUCCGCUUCGAUGCCCCUGGGGUGCGCCCCCAACUGCUUGCGGCAGAUGGGCCGGUGGCCCAGGAGGCCUGGGUGAAGGCUCUGUCCAGGGCCAGCUUUGGCUACAUGCGCCUGGUGGUGUCCGAGCUGGAGAGCCAGCUGCGGGACGCCCACCACCGCCUGGCCUGCCAUCGGCGCUCAUCCAGGAAGGCCAUCAGCAGCCGCUGCAAGCCCCAGGCUCCUGACCACUGGCCCCUGGGCCUGGAGAAUGGCCACUCCCUCCCCAGGGACUGCAGCCCUGUGGGCUUGCUCGAAGAAGGGGGCGGCAGGCCGGCCGGGCGGGGCUCGGCUGAGUGGGGGCGGCAGGGCCCUGCCAGCCUUCCCCUGGGCAGGGGGCAGAGCCCCGUGUCCCCUGAGAGCUCGUGCUUCUCUACCCUGCACGAGUGGUACGGCCAGGAGAUCGCGGUGCUCAGGCGCGAGUGGCUGCAGAGGGCCUGGGGGAGGCGGCCGGCCUGCGAGGAACAGGCCAGGCCCUGAGCUGGGCCUCUCGGGUUUAGUCCUGCUGGUCAGGACCCCAGUGCCCGUGUUCUUUCAC